GAUCGACCUCUUAUGAGUUUUGGACGCUCAUAAAUCACUUGUCACCUGAAGAAAUUGACAGGCACAGCUAUCUUCUGAGGUCAAUUCUAAAGGCAUAGUAUUCGGAUGGAAUUCCCAAAGAACACAAUGCCACAGUUUGCGCCGCAUUGCAGCCGAUCCAAAUCCUUCAGUUACACUAUUUCAGAUAUGAAAAGUUUUGAACUGAUUCGGCAUUCUUCAUACAGCCGGAUCCCCCGUUGACAAUUUUGCCAUCAAUUUCACCUUGUCACUUUCACAAUCUAAACAGUUCUUGGUCAAUGCCUGCUUGCCUGCCUCCAUAAAGGCCAAGUUGUAGCCCACCAUUUCUGCCUCUGAGCAAUUCCACACUUCCUCCUCUCCGAGGUGCCAUGAGGCCGUCGGCGGUGACCGGGGCGGUGCUCGUCGCCGCCGUGCUACUACUUGUCGCCAUCAGGGAUGGCCAUUGCGCGCAAUUGUGCAUGGAAUCAACGUUCCCGAGGACGAUCAACGGGUCCCUCUCCUUCUGCGGCUACAACGGCACCUCCUGCUGCAACGCCACCGACGACGCCGCCGUCCAGAAGCAGUUCGCGGCCAUGAACAUCUCCGGCACGCCGUGCGGCGACAUCGUCAAGAACAUCCUCUGCGCGAGAUGCAACCCGUACGCCGGCGAGCUGUUCACCGUCACGACGACGACGCGGACGGUGCCGCUUCUGUGCAGCACCACCGGCGUGUCGAGCCGCCUGAGCACGAAGCCCGCGGCGGCAGCGACGACGGACUACUGCUCGCAGGUGUGGGACACCUGCAAGGACGUGCGCAUCCCGGGGUCGCCGUUCCAGGCGCCCAAGGGAGGCGCGGCGGCGCCGAAGCUCACCGACGUGUGGCAGUCCGUGAGCGAGUUCUGCGGCGCGCUGGGCGGCUCCGGCAAGUCGCCCUGCCUCGACGGCGAGGGCGCGGCGUUCAACGACACCCGCCCCCCGCUGCCUGUGAACGGCAUGUGCCUGGAGCGCAUCGGCAACGGCUCGUACCUCAACAUGGCGGCGCACCCGGACGGGUCCAACCGCGUGUUCCUGAGCAACCAGGCCGGCAAGGUGUUCCUGGCCACCGUGCCGGCGCAGGGCUCCGGCAAGACGCUGCAGCUGGACGUGGCGACCCCGUUCCUCGACAUCACCGACGAGGUCCACUUCGACAACGAGUUCGGCCUCAUGGGGCUCGCCUUCCACCCGGACUUCGCCACCAACGGCCGCUUCUUCGUCUCCUACAACUGCGACAAGACGAAGUCUGCAUCGUGCGCCGGCCGGUGCGCGUGCAACUCCGACAUCGGCUGCGACCCGGCCAAGCUCGGCUCCGACAACGGCGCGCAGCCGUGCCAGUACCAGACCGUCAUCGCCGAGUACACCGCCAACGCCACCUCCGACACGCCGGCGACGGCGACCUCGGCGAACCCGAAGGAGGUGAGGCGGAUCAUGACGCUCGGGCUGCCGUUCACGACGCACCACGGCGGGCAGAUCCUCUUCGGCCCCUCCGACGGCUACAUGUACUUCGCGAUGGGCGACGGCGGCAGCGUCGGCGACCCCUGGAACUUCGCGCAGAACAAGAAGUCGAUACUCGGCAAGAUCAUCCGGAUCGACGUCAACACCAUGCCAAGUGGCAACACCACUGCUGGCUGGGGAAACUACGGCAUCCCCAAGGACAACCCCUCCUCCGCUGAUCCCAGCUUUGCGCCGGAGGUCUUCGCCCUCGGCUUCAAGAACCCAUGGCGGUGCAGCUUCGACUCCGGCAAGCCGUCCUACAUGUACUGCGCCGACGUUGGCCAUAAGGUGUACGAGGAGGUGGACCUGAUCAUGAAGGGCGGCAACUACGGGUGGCGCGUGUUCGAGGGCACGCAGCCGUACAAGCCGCUGUCCACGCCCGGCGGCAACACCUCCGCCGCCUCCAUCGACGCCAUCGGCCCCGUCAUGGGCUACGCCCACAGCUCCGUCAACAGCAACGUCGGCUCCGCCUCCAUCACUGGCGGCUACGUCUACCGCUCCACGGUCGACCCCUGCCUCAACGGCCGGUACCUGUAUGCCGACCUCUACGCCAAGUCGAUGUGGGCCGGGACGGAGUCGCCGGAGGGCAGCGGGCUGUACAACGUGACGGGGCUGACGUUCAGCUGCUCCAAGAGCUCGCCGAUCCCCUGCGACGUCGCCGCCGGGAGCGCGCUGCCGUCGCUGGGCUACAUCUUCUCCUUCGGCGAGGACAACGCCAAGGACGUGUACCUGCUCACCAGCAAGGGCGUGUACCGGGUGGUCGACCCUGCACAGUGCAGCUACGCGUGCCCCAUCAAGAGCUCGGCCCCGGGCGCGUCGCCGAGCUCGGCGGUCAGGGCGCGCGCUCCGGCGUUGGCGACGCUGCUGAACUGCGCGCUGCUCGCCUUGCUGAGCUUGCUGAGCGUUUGAGAACUGUGUGUGGUGUUGUUUUUUGAGUUGAGAAUGUUUUGUCGUCAUCGUGAUGAUAUGUAUGAUAAUUGUAUGUGCAGCAGUUAAUCUUUGAUUUUGUUUUAGGAAUACUUUACAAUUUCUUGCCUCGGUUACGGUGAAACAUGUCAAAUUCCUGAGGUUUCUCUUCCACCUGAUCAUUUCUUUGAGAGAUGUUUGGAAGAAACUCCUAAAGGUUCCUGGUGAACUCAAUUGCAAUUUAGGAUUCCAAGCAGAAAGAUCACUUCA